GUAUCGCUGCUCUCCAAGCCUGGUGGCCUAAUCCUCAGUGGUAUGGAAACGAGCUCAGGCUUUCUGAGGAAACGACUGUGGGCUUAAUGCUCACUGCCCCCACCGCCCAUUCCCUGGGGUUCGCAGCAGCUCAGUGGUGCCGGCAGGGCCCGGGAGGCGCAGCGGGAGCGAUCCUGUGUCGUGCCUCAGCCGGGAGCUGAGGUCACUGGGACCAUCCCAGCGCCACCGCGCCCGCGCCGCGGGAGCCCUCAGGCAGAGGCGCCGCGUCCCCGCCGCGGAAGGAAGGAGGCCGCUCUCUGGGCAUCCAUCCUCGCAGCAUCAUGACUCUCCAGGCUGACUUUGAUGGUGCUGCAGAAGAUGUAAAAAAAUUAAAAACAAGACCAACUGAUGAAGAACUGAAGGAACUAUAUGGAUUCUACAAACAGGCUACUGUUGGAGAUAUUAAUAUUGAAUGUCCAGGAAUGCUAGAUUUGAAAGGCAAAGCCAAAUGGGAGGCAUGGAACCUGAAAAAAGGUUUAUCAAAGGAGGAUGCCAUGAAUGCCUAUAUCUCUAAAGCAAAAGCAAUGGUAGAAAAAUAUGGGAUCUAGAAUAUUCAAAGUAAUUCCCACUAAUAAUUAACUCUUCAGUGGCUAAUGAACUAGCUCUGUUGAGAACACUGCAAUACUAACUCCAUACUGUGUAGUCUGACUAAUAUCUUUUAAGCAUAAGCUGACUGUGAAGGGUAUUUAUAUAUAUACUCUAUUUUUAGAUUGUAUCUUAUUUUAAAUAAAUUUGAACCUAAUAAAUUAA